UUAAAACUUAUGUUUGCUUUGAGUUAGUGGAGAACGCUCUGGGUUAUUUGGUGAUGCUCGUCCUGUCACUGAAUGUGGGAGCAUUCGGACAAUUCAUGCCCGCACAAAUCCUCUGGCCCUGCGUGGCACUGACAGUUCUCGAGGCACUAUCGAAGCUGUGUCGAGGUUUCAUCCACAAGGUUUAUUUCCACAGCAUGUCUUGCCGGCAGGUUGCCAUUUGCCAGGGCAAGUCGUACCGGUUCAAACUCGGUACAUUGCAAUUGAUUGAGGGAAAGUUAAUCUCGACGUUUACUUACGUCGCUAUGAUUGCUGUCGUCCGACUUCUGUCUAUGGUUGGGCAAGUUGUGCUGACAUGGUUUCUGUAUAAGUAUAUUCCUCUCCUAAAGAGAUACCAUGACUACGAAGAAGAGUGGGGUAUACACCGUCUGAGAGAGUUCAUCUACGCCACCUUCUCCUGCCUUUUGCUACACUCUUUUCUUGUCUUCUGUUUGAUCUUCUUCUCUCUCUUUUACAAGCUCUUCUCAUGCUCGUGCUUGGACCCUUCCGCUGCCUCCGGUAUUCCCCAACCGAGGGCUGGGGACCCUUCGCCCCCCUCCGGCAAUCCAGAAGUAAGAAGCGUUGGGGGUCCGUUCUCGGAGAGGUUAGACCGGUUCCAGAGGGAGAUGGAGACAGGCAUCACAUGGUACGUUCACCUUCAUCGGCACUUCGAGUUCGGUGCCAACGAAGCUCAAGCGCACGAAGACAAAUGUGGCCUGCCGGGGUACUGGUUCUAUAGCGUGGAGAAGUUGCUGAACGACGUGAGGCGCCACCUACCCUAUCUGACAGAUGAGAAUCGUCGACGGGAUGAGCGACGGACAGAGAUCACGACGGGAAGGAAGCUUACCAUGGCAUUGGAGUCCUUGUUCGAGCUGUCGAGAGCGUGCAAGGCCUGCGACAAUUGCGAUCUGCUGGUGUCUAAUGAGACGGCGUGCUACAUGCAGGAUAUGCCGCGGACGAGCCGCUGCAGACAUGACAUGGACGCUGGUCUCGACUUCGCUCAAGCCGAAGGCUACGUAGCGAUGCUGCAGGUGCUCAAGUGCUCCCCGCCAGACUCUGUUGACGCCCGACUUGCGGCUUCCAUCCUCGCCGGAUUCGCUGCUGGACUGUCUGUCCUCCCUUGGCAGCCCGACCGCGACAGCGAAGACAGCAAAGACACCGAUUUCGUCGUCAAUAUGCUCACAGACGACGACUUCAUUUACUGCACCGAGGAUUCCCUCUACCUCCUGCUCGACCUUCUGGAACCUUACGCAUUAGGAGGCUUCGAUCGAGCCAAAGAUGAAAAGCUGCGGAUCCAGGAAGCCGCCGCCUCUGCAAUCUGCUCGUUUGCACGUGCGGCUAGUGAUGUCAAUGCGCUUGUUCACUGUCCUGUCGGGAAAGCUCUGCGAGCUAGGCGUUUACCAGACGAUCACGAGGAAAUGAGGGGGUACGUGAGCAGGCUCAGCUACGCCUUCACAACCAUUUGUCCGCUAGGAUGGCCUCUUGACACCCCAUGGCCGAGAGGGUUAGUGGAGGUCGAUCAGCGUUGGGUGACGUGUGUGAAGAAGGUCCUGAUCAAACCAAGGUCGCUGUUGAUUCUCCUGGGCUGUGUACAGCAGGAGGGGUCCAGCAGUAUAGCUGCGGACUGCAUCAGAACUCUCUCCUGGCUUUGGACACGUAGGCUGAUGUAUUGGCAUCGACACGACUUGCGGCUGAGCUGUGGCACUCAAUCUCAUCCCGCUCAGGGUCGUACAAACGACGGGACGGACGCCCCUGUCAACGAUUUUCCUCCCCCUCUCCAUGUCAUGGCAGACUUGGGGGGGUAUAAAGAGUUGAGCCUUCAAGUGCUGAGGCAUCGAACAGAGCUGUGUCUGGCCAAGACGGCGUCUUUGUCGGCCUUCUCGAAGCUGCACUUGGCAAAGAUCUUCAUCUCGCAGAACUUAAGAGCGGACGACACUGACGUUGCCAGGCUUCUGCUAGAGUGCUUGGAGUACUGGAGACGCGCACUCGGGACGCGGGAGCUUGAUUGGUUCGCUACAGAAGCCGUGGAGUCGCUGCGAGAUCUCCUUCAUGUUGCCUCUGCGGAGAGCAAACGAAAGCUCGAGCUCGCCAUCGCCAAAUCCCCGGGAGGCGUGAAUUGUGUGCGGUUGAUGCUUAAUCCUCAGGUCAGUCGACUCCGAGCCGUCCGAUUCUAUGCGGACAUCGACAAAUUCGAUGAAUCGCUAGUGCAUUUCCUGUCACAGAACACUACGAACUGCUGGUCCAUGGUCGGCAAUGAUCAUCCAAUAACAUGCUCAUGGGCUGCUGCGGGACUCCUAGCGGACUUACUUGAAUUGCGGCCAAGGUCGUUGCCCGGCAGGGACGUGGCCCAACAGACCGUAAACGCCAACAACCUACAAGUCGCUAGAGGCGCUUCCCCACCCGCCUCUCCGUCGUACACAGCCCGGACAGCCUCUUCUGCGGCAAACGGCGCAGCAGUUCACGCAGCGGGGCCAUCUUUGUCUCAGCCAGACGAUGCGCAAAACCUGCCUUCAGGAUCGCCAUCACAUAGCACGCAAUCGGACACCAUAGGCGACGAGGUAAUCAUGAAGCUUAGGCGUCUAACGGAAGAAGAAUCGAGAUUGAAACGCAUUCCAACUCGUCGUCUUCGAGUCCAUGGACCUGGAGAUCAGCGAGGUCGAGUUCCAGUGGAGAGCAUUCUUCCUGAUGACCCAAGCCAGAAUCAGGACUUCUUCGUCUCCCUAUUCAAAAGCCUGGUCUGCACGCUGAAAGAGGGAGCGAUCCAAGGACCAGAUCCUCAAGCCUUGGGUUCCCGAUGGGACGCCGCUUGCUUUGUCCGCAUCAGGAAUUGCGGGCGCACGCUUUUCACUCAGUUUAUUCUCCUUUGCUGGGAAUCUCUGGGAAAUCCCGCUUGGUUACCUGCGAUCAGCUUGUGCGAGGACUUGGCGGCAGCUCUCACUACAGACGAGAGGAUGGAGAUCCUCGAGCAGGACUUGAAUCGCUUACUGGCGACAAGGAAUGCGAUCAGAGUCAUCGAGCUCGUGCUCGAGAGCUACCCACCGGAAGCUUUCGAUGACAAGCUGGUGACGGUGUUCGUCCCUCCAAUGGUGGCACUCCUCAGAAAGCCUUGUGCCGGACUGCACCGGCGGCUUCAUCUUGAUCAUCUGGAGGUCAGGUGCAAUGCCGACAUCAGACGCGGGAUUGUAGCGGUUAUGAACAAAGUAGUUCAUCGAAUUGACAAUCUGCCGGACGACGUCGACAGGCCGCCGAAUGACCCCAUCAACACGGCGGAUCUAUGGUUGCCUUCAAGGGCCAGUCUGCUGGAAACGAAGAACGAGUGGGUGACUUGGUGCAGAGAAAACGAAGCGGACGCAGCAGCGGCUCCAGAGGGUGGGAAUAUGCCAGGGCGGACACCAGAACCGUACGGCAUCCAGAUGGGACCAAGCCCUCCAGGGGGAAGUCGAAGUGGGGUCAGUGGACAUCCAGGAGGCAGUCGUGAUGACACGCGUGAGCCCCCAAGGAUUCGUCCGGAUAAUCCCAGUGAACCCACAGGAGGGAGUGCAGAAUGCGCCAAUGAACACAGGAGAGGGAGUCCCGAUGCCACCAUCGGACCCAGGGGAGAGCCGGCGCAAGCGAGUACACAAGGGGGAGUCGGGAUGGCAGCAGAGAAUGCACAGCAGGGAGUCCAGACAGGACCAGUGCACCAGCAGGACGACGAUGAACUACCAGAGAUCAUAGUGGCAUAGCAACAAGGGCGUCCUCAGAGUGGCGCCUUCUCACUGUUCUCAGAGCAAAGUGCU